AAUGUGACAGCGAGAACAGCAAAACAACACGCGUUCCUGUUUUUCCUGCAAUUUACCGUGAAAAUAGUAGUAAUUCGUGAAAAAUGAGUAGUGAUUCGGAGGCAUUUAGUGAUUCUGACGAUGAGGUUAGAGACGCCUUUGCGAAGGGCCUCAUCAAGCCGGGCUUGAAUUUCGAGGUGCCCCAGAAGAAGCCCCUGGCCAAUAAUGUGACUCGUCUCAAUUCCAAAUGCUCAGAGAUUCGACUCAACAUGGACUGGAUUGAGCGACUUGAUUUGGUGAAUGAACCCGCCCCGCUGGCCCCGGAAAUGACUUUGCAGCUGGAGAAGGAGGAACAGAAGCGAGCCAACAUGUUUGCAGGGAAUGCCAAGCUGAAGUACCACGAGCCCAGCAAGGAUCCCGUGCUGAAUGACUUCAAGCGAGAAAUGCUGUUCCAUCGACAAGCUCAGGCCGCCGCUGUUGAGGGCAUCCGGAAGCUGCACGCUCUCGGCGUGGCCACCAAGAGGCCUGACGACUACUUCGCCGAGAUGGCAAAGACCGACGCACACAUGCAGAAGGUGCGACAGCAUCUCCUGGCCAAGCAGGAGGGCCAGGCGAAGUCGGAGAAGGUGCGUCAGAUCCGCGAACAGAGAAAGAUGGGAAAGAAGAUGCAGCAGCAGGCGCGCCUGCGGAAGGAGAAGGACAAGAAGGAGACACUGGACAAACUGAAGAAGUUCCGGAAGGGGAAGCUGCAGAAUCUUGACUUCCUGGAGGAUGCAAAGGGACAGACGAAGCGCCAAGCGAAGGACAAGAAGUUCGGCUUUGGCGGAAAGAAGAGGGGAAAGAAGCAGAACGACAGGAAGUCUUCCAUGGGCGUGAGUGCGAAGUUCAGGGGCGGCAAGGGUGGGAAGGGCGUGAAGGGAGGAAAAGUGACCAAGCGUCCAGGGAAGAGUCAGCGCAACAAGGGAAAGACCAGGAGGAAAUAGAGACUGUGCUCAGAAAUGCAAAAUAUACAUAUUUUCUUACACGGAGAAUCUGAAAUGCGACAGUGUUUAA